ACCUAGUUCAUUGUUUUGCUGUUGUAGUUGAUGUGUUUUUCUUGGUUUAUGCAAACAUUGGAUCGCACGUUACGCUGGUUGUGGCUUAUUCUGUGGUUGCACCACUGUCGAGAAUGCUGCGAAGGUAGCGAUCGUGCGCUGUGCUUGUUCAAUGAACACCGCCAUACAGUGGUAUCUCCGUCACUAGCUUUGCUCCAGUGUCGGUGCUAGAACCGCGAUGGCGUCGCCCAUGAAAAUACUCGUGUGCGGAGAUGUUAGCGGUGAGUUUGACAAACUUUUUGACCGUGUGUCCAACGUCAACAAAAAGAACGGGCCGUUCGACAUGCUGCUUUGUGUUGGCGACUUCUUCGGGCCCGACGCUUCGCGAUGGCUGCAAUACAAGCUGAGCGGGCGCAAAGUCCCAUUGCAGACAUACGCCGUUGGCGUCACACCAGACUCGUAUUCGGAGUCGGAUCUCGCGGACAACGUCGUCCACUUGGGUUCUCGAGGAAUUUUCACCGGUGCUUCGGGGCUGAAAAUCGCCUAUUUCUGCGGAAACGAGAGUAAGGACGAGAAACCUGCCAGAGGCGAGUUUGUCAAGAAAGAGGCGCUGGAGUUUUUGUCCCCGAUCGCCGAGAGCACAAGCCACAAGGGCAUAGAUAUAUUCAUCGCAUCUCAGUGGCCCAAAAACGUCAGCAAAUAUGCUCACACCGCGUCCGCUGAAGAAGAAAACGGUUCGGAUGUCAUCUCUCUACUCGCCUACUUUCUUCGACCUAGAUACCACUUUACGUCGUCCGGAAACUACUACGAGAGGACUCCAUACAGAAACCACAAGAUACUCCAAGAACAAGCUCGCCACGUUACACGAUUCAUUUCACUGGCAUCCGUCGGCAACGCGGCAAAGGCGAAGUGGCUGUACGCUUUCUCGAUCGUGCCCAUGUCGGGCAUGCCGAGUGCAGAACUCGUGAAGCAGCCGAUCGACGUGACUGAAUGCCCGUACGAGUUCAGCGAAUCGGACCUCAAGGAUGCGUCCAAAUCGCAACAGUUCUUCUACGACCUCACGCCGGCUGCGGAAAAGGGUAAAAAACGAAAUCGUGACGCCGGCGGCCAGCAGGAACGCAAGAAGCGCCCUCCGCCAGCCCCUAAGGGGCCCUGCUGGUUCUGUUUGGCGAGUCCCGAGGUGGAGAAGCACCUGGUGAUCAGCAUCGGUGAAAGCUGUUACCUGGCGCUGGCCAAGGGAGCACUUACUCCGGAUCACGUGCUGAUUCUCCCGAUCGGUCACCAUCAGAGUACAGUAGAAUUGGACGAAGAGACAUUGGAAGACGUUGUAAAGUUCAAGGAAAGCUUGAAGCAGUACUUCAAGACGAGAGGGAAGCGACCUGUCUUUUUCGAAAGGAACUACAAGAGUUCCCACCUGCAGAUUCAGGUUGUGCCUGUGCCUGAGCCAUUGAUGCCUGGUCUCCAAUCUGUGCUAGUGGACUACGGCAUGUCGCUUGGUGUUGACUUAGAUGAAAUACCCAGAAACUCAAGCCUGCGCCAGAUUGUAGACCCUGGACGACCGUACUUCUAUAUGGAGUUUGAUAACACUAAGUUGUUGCACAGGAUCAAGAAAAACUUUCCUCUUCAGUUUGGCAGAGAAGUGUUAGCCUGUGAAGAAGUUCUCAACUUGCCAGACAAAGCAGACUGGAAGGACUGCAAAAUGUCCCGGGACGAGGAAGUGUCAAUGGUGGCUGAAUUUCGAAAACAGUUUGAGCCCUUUGACUUUACGUUGUGAUGCAUUGUACAUUCUGUAAAUACACAGCACUGCACGCCAUUCACAUGUGCUUAUUUCAAUAUUCAGUUUUUGUAGAUGUAGGAAAGUGAAUGUAUGAUCUCAUUGCUCUGAAAAUAUUAAAGGAGAACAAAUUGA